AUGUCGAUCAAUCAAUCGGGUGCAAGCUCGACCCGGGGUCCCGCCCUCUAUGUGCCUACUUCCCUAGACUACACACCAACCGCCCCAGCUCCAGAAUUCCUUGACAGCGUCCAACUUCGCGGCAUCCAGCUUCCCCUCUCCCCAGCCCCCGAGGCAUGGCAUAGACUUGGCAAAUCGCAGCCCUGCACCGCUACGUUGAAGCUCACAUAUUCCUCUACCGUCGCCGCGGCCGCUGCAGACGACGUCUCCCUGACUUUGGACUACGGCAAACUAUACCGACGAAUUGAAUCAGACCUUGCUAAGCAUGACACGCCACGCCAUCAGACAGCUAGUAUAGCAGGGAUCGAGUACGAGGAGUUCAAGGCUGAAGCUGCCGGCCAGAAUCCCCGGAUUACGGCGAGUAUAAUCGCGAGUGCUGCAUUCGAUCUGUUACAUGACAGUGCGCUGGCGCAGGCUCAGACUGUCGGCACAAUCAGUAAUAGCCACAUUACUGGUUCUGAGUGGACGAUCACAGCCGACAGGUGCGAAGUUACGUUGCACUUGCCCAAAGCUAUCUUGCGAGCUUCUGAGGGAUUGAAGUAUCGUAACGUCACAGCAUGGGGGUGCCCGGCUGAGAAGAGCGGGGCAGAGCAGCGAACGCUGAUCGUUAUCGAGGAGGAAUUUCGAAUCGACGGUAUACGCUGCUAUCCUGUACUAGGGGUGAACCCGCACGAGCGGCUUGAGAAGCAGGCUGUGAUCGUGUCACUUGUGUUUACUGGCGCUGCGCACUUUGCGAGAGUUCUUGAGACCUAUCAGGAAGUGACGAGAGCUGUAGCGGAGAAAGUUGACGAGACUUCAUUCCUAAGCGUAGAGUCUCUGGUAGCGUUCAUAGCGCGCAUCGUGACUGUAGACUUUGGAAACGAACAUGUGACGGUACAUGCGGAAAAACCAAGUGCGCUGGCAUUUGUGGAGGGAUCGGGCGUCGAGAUCACCCGAUCGCGGACAUUCUUCCAGAACGAGGCACGGUGA